CAGCAUUUUCACAUUGCAGCCUACCUAUCCAACACAGACACAUCAACACCAUCUCGACAACACCUAUCGUCAAGCAGUGCACAAUGGCCAUCUUUGACUUUCAAUCCUUGCCCACGGAACUCGGCGAGCGGAUCAUCCACUUCGCUAUCAGGGCGAGGUCGCUCAACCGUGCCCUCAGAUUGAGGCUCGUGAGCAGGCAGCUGCGGGAGCUGGUAGAUCAAGACAUGUUUCGCACGCGCAUGCUGGACGAGCACCUCCAGAACGCCUUGAGAAACAAGUACUACGCACUGCCAUGGUACGAGUCACGCGACUCUGGACGCAUGUUUUACAAGCAGGGGGAGCGGGACAUGCAUCGGCUGGUCCUCCUCAAGCGCUAUCUCGCCUACCGCAUCCUCAGCAAGCCGCACCUCAGCCCCGAGUGCCCGGAAACCCUGCUCCGCCGCGCCGCCGCGCGCCUCGCCGAGGAGCUCGGUGAGGGCGGCGAGGACGGCACGCGGAGGCACAUGGCCACCAUAUGCCAGGUGGCGUUCUGGGAGUCCCCGUUCUACAGGCGGUUUGACCUGGAAGGAGAAAGCCCCGACGCCUACAUCAUCUCUCCCUUCAAUCCAGCUUACCAUGCCCAAGGGGAUGGGCCGCUGAAGGAGAUCCUUCUCCAUGCGGCCAUUCAUAUGGGCAACGUCAACCUGGCCAAGCGCAUGUACGCACUGGAGUCUUGGGACUUGUGUGACGUCGAGGUGGCCAGGAGAAUUUACGCCCUGCAAAGUACAGACCCCGAGAGUGUAGCGACGGCAAUAUCCAAAAGACAGGAUGGGCGGCUAGUAUGCGCAGCGUCACAUGGUGGCCGGGAAGUACUGCAGCUAUUCUGUGCGAAGGAGUGGAAUUUCACGCUAGCAUCACAUCCUAGGGGAGAGUUUAGCGACGACUUUCUCAUGGUGCACAUCGUCAAAGCGCUAGAAUAUGGCUGCGACACGGACCUCAUCCACUACCUGCUCGACGCCGGGGAGUGGGACCUUUCCAGGCUGAGCGCCUGGGCCACCGACGCGUUCCGGGGGGCCAUGCUUCGAGCCUCGAGCCCAGACAUCUUGGAGCGCCUGGUCCGGCUCGCAGUCCCGGGCUUUUCGCUACUCAACAGCACCCACCACUUUCGCAGGCAAGGCACCCUCUAUUCCUGGGCCACGCCUAUGGCAGGCCGCCUCGUGUACCACGCCGCCGCCGGCAACGCGGCCAUGCUGCAGUACUUGCUCGACCAGCAAGGCGGCGCCGCCGUCAUCAACAACCCGGACAGCGCCUCCCUGCCGGCCCACCCCACAACGCCGGAAGCGGCCCGCGACCUGGAGGACGGCCGCUGGCUCAAGCCCCGGGUGCGCUCCGGCGGCAACUCGCGGCGCUACCGCCCCGGCAACCGGCCGCUGCUGGC